UACGAUGCCAUGGGCAAAGUCGAAAACCUUCUUUCAAAACAAAGUGGUGGUUUGUAUGACAAUGAAACAAGGUUACCAAGAAUAUUGAUUGUCUAUGGUGGAAAACUUCAUGCACUAAGAAAAGUGAUAAGUGCUCUUGCAUCAUCGAUACCAGUUCUUAUCAUUAAGGGCAGUGGAGGUGUAGCAGACAUAUUAGUUCAAAUAAAAGUUCUUAGAGACGAUUUUUAUGUAGCGAGAAGUGUUCAUGUCUUUGAACAAGAUGAUACUGAGGAUGCGCGAAAAAUGAUUGAGACACUCAAAGUAAGGAAAAGCCUGAUUGAAAGACUCUGGAUAACCGAUAUAGAGGAGUUUGAAUCGAACGUGGUCAGGAUAGCAUUUUGGGGUACGUUUGACUUGCUGGAUGUAUGA